CCUGUAGCUGAUCUGCGUUGACUCCCAGGGGAUUAUUGCAGAGAGCUGGGAAGUUUCAAGAUUCAGUCGAACAUCUGGUAUCAGUGUGAGCUCCAGAGGUGCCACUUACUCCAGGUCUCCAGAAAUGACAUCAGAUUCGCGGCCCCUGAACGCCUCACCUCAUUUCACCCUUCAGAGCGACAUCGAUGCAGAGGAAUGUGACUCUCCCAGGACAGGGAACUGGAGACCCAACCCUGCUCCACGGACACAUUCUGCCUUCAACCAGACUGAUGGUGCUGACUCUUUGAACCUCCGUGCAGCUGGUUGGCAGAAUCCAACUACACGAAUUAUCACUACUCCCUCCCACAUGAGUGAAACUACCCCAGUGAGGGAACACACAGAAGGGAACUGUAGACCCAUUCCUGCUCCACGGACACGUUGUGUCUUCAACCAGACUGAUGGUGCUGACUCUUUGAACCUCCGUGCAGCUGGUUGGCAGAAUCCAACUCCACAAAUUGUAACUACUCCCUCCCACAUGAGUGAAACUACCCCAGUGAGGGAACACACAGAAGAGAACCGGAGACCCAACCCUGCUCCACGGACACAUUCUGCCUUCAACCAGACUGAUGGUGCUGACUCUUUGAACCUCCGUGCAGCUGGUUGGCAGAAUCCAACUACACGAAUUAUCACUACUCCCUCCCACAUGAGUGAAACUACCCCAGUGAGGGAACACACAGAAGAUGGACAAAGUGGUGCAGUUGUGUUGUGGACGCAGACGACGAAUGAACAGGCUCCUGCUAACGUGCUGAAUAUGUACAAGAAGCUGGAACACUUUGUCAUCCUCUUCCCUGUCCUUAAAAAGCGCAUCAAGCAAAGCAUCGUUGAUCUGCAAACAGUUGCGGAUGACAUUGACACAUGUCACCGAAAUGCUAGCAUUGCCACCAUUGUGGGCAGUGGCGCUAGUGCAGUGGGAGGGACUGCUGCGAUGGUAGGAUUACUUGCUGCGCCCUUCACAGGAGGCGCCUCCUUAUAUUUCACUGGGGCAGCUCUGGUUGGAGGGUUCACCUCUACCACUGCCUGCAUCACAGAAGCCUACGCGAACAAGGGCCAUCAGAAAAAAGUGGAUGAGAUUCUUGAGCGGUACAACAUCGACAGCCAAGAGCUGAUGGAGUCUUUCAAGGGGGCCUACGGUGCCAUUGAAUGCUUGACUAAACUGAGCCAGGUGGAAAUGGCUGCUGGCCUAGCAAAGCGGCUGGGCAUCCGUCCCAUCUCGGUGGGAUAUAACAGCUACAGGUUGGUGAGCACAGUCCUGGCCAGGAAGGCACUGGAAGAGAUGUCUGUAUUGCAGGGACUGGCAACGAAGGUGUCAGCGCUCCUUGGGAGCCUCCAGAGUGGUAAUUUCGUGGACAGCAUGGGUUAUGUCAAGAGCCUGCUGUUUGGCAAGCCACUUGUGGUGACUAAUUGUGCCUGGGUGGCGACUGCGGCACUGUCCACAGCCUUUGUGGCAUGGGACGUCUACUCCCUGGUAACAGAGACCAUGAACCUGCACAAGGGCAACAAGAAGGAGCUGGCUCAGCGGGUACAGAACAAGGCAGAAGAGAUCGAAGGGAAACUGAAAAUUGUUCAACAGAUUUUUGAAGCUUUGGAGCAAUUUUUAGAAGAAAGUAAUGAAGGGGGAAUGUUACAAAACUCUCUGACUACCCCCCCCACAAGACCAAUGAUCUCCCAACCCACCCUCUAACCGAGGCUUCCAACUUCCUCCCCCAGGCCUCCUAUCUCCCUGAAGCCCCUGAUUUCCAUCCCAAACUCUGAUUUCUCACCACCUGAGGCCCCUGAUUUCCCCCUUCCCCCAGUGAAUUCAAUCUCUCAGAAUGCCAGCUCUCAGCAUCACCCCUUACCUUGGAACUGGACUCCCCCCAACCCCCAGAUGCGCUGCUUCAGAUGCCCCUACACCCAUCAUUCCCAGGAUGGGUUCCCCCCUCCAGCCCUUGCUCCACAGGUGAGGGUGUGGCCUUCUCCAAAUGCAUGCACCCAACCGGAGCCAAGCCUAUCUUUCAGGAUGGCUUCCAAACAGGGAACCUGACAGCAAUAUCUCACACAUACACUCUCUAAGUUACAUUUCACAGUGGGGUGCAGGAUCCACGUCUUCCAGGUUUCACACACUCUCCGGAUCCCAGUCCACCUUCCUAAGAAUCAAGACAAAAAGAAAAAGUAAAAAAGAGAGGCAGCCUGAAGGAGGAAAGUGUUGGAGACCAACAGUUAAGGAGCAUAGACCUGAAGGAGUUUGGGGUGGAGCAGCAGAGGGGAAUGACCUUUCUAUCAAUGGGAACAGUUUCUCUUGAUCCACUCUGUCCAGACCUCGAUGCCAACAUUCCAUUUGCCUUCCCUAAUCACUUGCUGUACCUGCAAACUAACUCUGAUUCAUGUACCAGGACAUCCA